AUGGCCAGAACAAGGGGUAACAGGAGACCUCCAGCAGACGAAGAAUCUGAUAGCGAAGCCACUAAAUCGAUGGGGAAUAGGAAUCGAAAUCGAAAUGAUGUUAAUACGAUGGCCCAUGUGCUUGCACAAGCACUGAGAGGAGUAUUGCCUCAACAACCGCAUCAACCUCAAGCAGAAGGUGGAAAUGGAGUAGUAGCUCAAUUUCGAAGCAUGGCACCGCCAAUUCUAAGAGGGAAUGAAGGACCCUUAGGGACCGAGGAGUGGAUGCGCCAGAUGGAACGCAUUUUCAACUACAUGCGUUGCAAGGACGACUUGAAAGUGACAUGUGCAGCCUUCCAACUAACAGACGAUGCAGGACACUGGUGGGAGUCGGAAACUGCUGCCCUUACUAAAGAGCAGAUGAGAGCCAUCACGUGGAGAACGUUCAAAGAAAAAGUGAUGGGAAAGUAUUUCCCUAGGGCUUUUCGCAAACAGAAGGAGAUAGAGCUCAUGAACUUGGAGCAAGGAAACAUGACCGUUUUGGAAUACGAGCGGAAAUUUACCUAA